AUGCAUUACAGGAUGUUAUCACUUCUGAAGUGGCUGUACCUUAUUGUAUGUCUGGAUGAUGUCCUGAGUGACCCGAUGUAUGAAGAAAACCUCUACUCAAAGAAUAUCAGCAGAAUAUUGGACAACCUAUUAGAUGGCUAUGACAACAGACUUCGUCCAGGCUUUGGAGGUGCUGUCACUGAAGUGAAAACAGAUAUUUAUGUGACAAGCUUUGGUCCUGUGUCAGAUGUGGAGAUGGAAUAUACAAUGGAUGUUUUCUUUCGUCAAACAUGGACCGAUGAGAGGCUGAAGUUCAGAGGGCCUUCUAAGAUUUUAAGUUUGAAUAAUUUGAUGGUUAGCAAAAUCUGGACACCUGAUACUUUUUUUAGGAAUGGGAAAAAGUCCAUAGCUCAUAAUAUGACAACCCCAAAUAAACUCUUCCGUAUCAUGCAGAAUGGAACUAUUCUCUACACGAUGAGACUAACCAUCAAUGCUGACUGUCCCAUGAGACUGGUUAAUUUUCCCAUGGAUGGCCAUGCUUGUCCUUUGAAGUUUGGGAGUUAUGCUUACCCCAAAAGUGAGAUCAUCUAUACAUGGAAAAAGGGUCCUCUUUAUUCUGUAGAAGUUCCUCAAGAAUCCUCGAGCCUCCUACAAUAUGAUUUGAUUGGGCAGACUGUGUCUAGUGAAAUAAUAAAGUCCAACACAGGUGAAUAUGUAAUCAUGACAGUUUAUUUCCACUUGCAAAGGAAGAUGGGAUAUUUCAUGAUACAGAUAUAUACUCCUUGCAUUAUGACGGUCAUUCUAUCUCAGGUGUCUUUCUGGAUUAAUAAGGAGUCUGUGCCUGCUAGAACUGUUUUUGGAAUUACCACUGUUUUAACCAUGACCACUUUAAGUAUAAGUGCUCGACACUCUUUGCCAAAGGUGUCUUAUGCAACGGCCAUGGAUUGGUUCAUAGCUGUGUGUUUUGCCUUUGUCUUCUCUGCCCUUAUUGAGUUUGCAGCUGUCAACUACUUUACCAACCUUCAGAACCAGAGAGCAAUGCAGAAGGUGUCCAGGACAGCCCUACCUUCAGUGACAACUGUCCCAGUGGAGGAUGAGAUUGUUUUGCAUCCUCAUUCCAAUUUUAAUCUGAAGAAACGAGUGAACUCUCUGACCCUGCCAAAACUUCAAUCACAAGAGGCCAAAACUGUUUUCACCAGAACGCCUAAUUCACAACUGAUGUCUCCUAUGCCGCCACCACUGCCACCACCAGCAGCCAUUGGUGGUACUAGCAAAAUAGAUCAGUAUUCCAGAAUUCUCUUUCCUGUGGCAUUUGCAGGAUUCAACUUGGUAUACUGGAUUGUUUACCUUUCUAAAGACACUAUGGAAGUGAGUAGUAGCAUUGAAUGA